AGUGCCUCAUACCUCACACUUCUUAGCGUGCGAUGAUUAACCUGCAUAUUCUUAUGCAAUGUUUUUGUAAACUUCUGUGAAGAUUUCCUGAUUCCUUCAGAUUACUGCAGGGCAUAAAAUAAAUGUUUUUCUUCACCCAUAAAGACGUGAAUUUCCUGUCCAGCGUAUGAACACUCCUGCUUUUAUUACUCUGGUACAACCUGGAAUUGCAUCAGAUUAGUGGCUGAAGGACUGUGAAGUUAUAAAAAAAGUCAAGCAAACAUCCUUCAAGACAACAACAGAUUUCGGCCCGAUGUCCAGAAAUAAUGAACUCGCCUGAAUUUCUAAUAACUGGAACAGAUGUUUUAGGCUGUAAAUGGAAACGUUAACGUUUCAAACCAUUUAGUCUAAGUGGACUCUGAUCGUCGGGAAUUUAACAGCUGGCCCUGCUCUAAGAAACCUUCGGGGCCGUUUUGAAGUUCUUACCAUGGCUGAGUGGACCUUUCUCAAUGUGCUCUUCGACUCCCUGCAGGCCCAGUCCCCGUUUCUGGGCCGCUUUUGGGUGCUGCUCAUGCUGGUGCUCCGCAUGCUGAUACUGGGCACCGUGGCCAGCGACAUGUUUGCCGACGAGCAGGCCGAGUUCACCUGCAACACCCUGCAGCCGGGUUGCAAGCAGGUGUGCUACGACGAGGCAUUCCCAAUCUCCAUGUUCCGCUUCUGGGUUUUCCAGAUCGUGCUCAUCUCCACACCGUCACUGAUCUUUCUCAUGUAUGCUACUUACUACAAAAACAAGAAGACGGGGACACAGAAGCAGGACGGUACUACCAGCUUUAAGGAGGACGUCCACCUGCAGCAUCUCUAUAUUGUCAACGUAGCCUUCCGCCUUUUCGCUGAAGUGGCCUUGUUGUUCUGUCAGUGGUGCUGGUAUGGCUUUGAAGUAGAGGCCAAGUUUCCCUGCAGUCGCUUUCCCUGCCCUUACACUGUGGACUGUUUCACCUCCAGACCGAAGGAGAAGACCCUUUUCCUCCGUUUUUACUUCGCUGUUGGCAUCUUGUCGACUGCAUCGAACUUGGCUGAGUUGCUGCUUAUGUCUUAUAAGUGGAUACGUGACUGCUGCAAGUCGUUACAGCACAGCGACAGCACGGAGAGCCUGCACGACCUGGACAGCAAGGAGGCUUCCAAACAAGAGACAAUGAAGAUGCUGCUCUCCAAAAAAAGCCAGUGCAGCGCCACACGCAAAGUGAAGCCGACAUACAUCACAGGCCUGAAGGGCUCCCAGCAUGAACCUGGGACUGAGUGAGGAUGCCAGCAGCCCUCCCCCCCAGCUGCCCAGGGACCCCUGCACCGCCUCCUCAGAGCCCUUCUGCAACUCACUUCACUCUCCUUCCCGGGCACUUGCUCCCCGUUUCACCCCAGUUAUAUUUGAUGCUUGUGUGCAUUUUUGCUCCCAGCCUGGUAUAGAAUGUAGAGAGAUUGCAAUGAAUAGAAAUCAAUGGAAAUCUCUUAUCAUUAAUAUAAAUUACUAUUACUGUCUGUUGGACUUGAUUCCAUUUCUUGGUCGGUGAAGUGCAAAAAUGAUUAAAAAAGAAAAAUCAUUCUGGACGAUGAAUUUCAGCAAAAUCUGCUGUAUAAACGUCACCAUGUCUUUGGUCAAGCGGGAUUUCUUAGUAGAGAUAUUAUCAAAGGAAAAGUUUAAGGUGCCAGUCACAUUGGUAAUGCAAAAUUUGCCGAUAUGAGUCAUUCAUCGUGCGAAUGAAACGCAUUAUAUUAAUUCAGUUAAACUCGCUGGAUGUCUCCUUCACUGGUUAUAAUAACUGAAUUCACAUUUGUUGCAGUGAUUUAAAAACCUUAUAUUUAGAGAGUCCAAGCUCUGAUUGGACCUAUUAGUAGUGCUGACACCAUGACCAUCAGCAGGAAGGUGGUCUGAAGAUGGAUGGAUGCAUAUUGCAGCAAUAAAAGAUUUCAAAUGAAACCCAGGACACAGGCAUCAUGUGCUGGCGCAGUGGUUAGCAGUGCUGCCUUACGCCUCUGAGACUAGGGUUCAAGUCUCUGCUCUGGCUCUACAUGUGUGGAGUUCGCAUCGUCUCCCUGGGGGGUUUCCUCUGGGUCCUGCAGUUUCCCUGUACAGUGUAAAAACCUACUAAGGUGAAUUGGAGUUGUUAAAUUGUGCAUAGCUGUAAGUGGUGUAGCCCUAAAUCUGUUUAUUUGACAUGUUUAUUUUGUACUUAGUCCAAAUAAGUUUUGUUAUGAAGGCACAUUGACAGGCAUAUUUACUUUUGUUGGUUUGUAAACCGUUUCUAAAUGUGUUUGUAGUUUUAAUAAUAAAUUCCAUUUUUUCUGCUAUAUCGAAACUCAAAACCAAAGUCUGUACUAAAGCAUGGAUUUUGCAUACUGUUACUCCUCUAGUAGGUAGAAGGUUGUUAUUCAUAAAUGAGAGUUUGCCUAAGUCUGUUCUCAUCAGGAAAACUGUGAAAUUGGUUAUUUGGAAUGCAUUAGAGGCUUCUUUGACUGAAACAUCAAAAUUGUUUAAAUUUAUGGAACUUGGAUUUGAGUAAAACAAAUUUGUUUCCCUUGACAGUUGUAUGGAGAGAACGAGAUAAUUAAAACCAACUGAGUUCACCCGGGAAAAUGGGAGUGAGGAGCGAUUUCCAGAAACCCCAGAUAUUACCCUGUUUCCUGGAAUUAAGGAGGUGCAUCUUAUGACCCAGCUGAGGAGACGGGAAUCAGCAAAUCUGGAGACUCCGCCUCCACAAACAAGCAUUUGUCCUGUUUAUUCACGACCACGUAGCCGAGUCACAAAGUCUGUGGUUCGCCCUCUGUUUCUUUGCUUAAACUAAACAUUUAUUUUAGCUCCUUUAGCUUACAGAAGAUUUAAUUUUGUUAUAAUAUUUUUGCAGUAAAAAAAAUUCAUUUAUUAUUAUUUUUAUUAUUGACGAUGUGCAUUUAAGAGAAGCCGCGGGAGGUUAAGCUCACCCAGGCAGGUCCAAGGAUGUUCUGCAUGCUCUUCAGCUCCCUGCAGGCCAGAGCUCCAUUUCAGGGCCGUUUCUGGGUGCUGAUCAUGCUGCUCUAUACGCAUGCUGCUCCUGAGCAGCGUGGCCAGCAGGAUAUUUGAGGGUGAGAAGUUUACCUGUUACACCAGCCAGCCGGGUCGCACUGAAGUAUGUCAAGAUGCGGUGUUCCUCUUCUCCCCGUACCGCUUUUGGAUUUGCCGAAUCAUACUCAUCCUCACGCCAUCGCUGCUGUUCUUCAUCUGCAUGGUACACCAGAAAAAGAAGGAGACUGCGGCACACGGCAAUGAGGAGGACCGAUGCCUGUGCUGGAUUUACAUCACCACCGUGCUCUUCCGGAUCAUAAUUGAAGUGGCUGUCGUGAUUGGACAGUGGUGGCUGUACUGCUUCAAGGUCGAAGCUUCAUACACAUGCCGACACAGACCUGUCCCAGUUAUGUCAGAUGCUUUAUCGCCGAGUCCAAGGAGAAAACAACUUUCUUUUGCUUUUUCUUCGCUGUUGGCAUCCUGUUGGUCAUCUCCAGCCUUGCUUCGUUACUACAUGUGAUCUGAUAUGUCCCACAAGGCAUCUGGGUUCACUGAUGGUACACAGAACCUGCACAGUCAUGCUGAAGAGGAAGCUUCCAAACAACAGGCAAUUAAAUGUUGGUUCCCCAGUUAACUGACACAAAGGUAAAAAGCACACAUAAAGUGAGUGUAUCAGCACACAUAAAGUGAGAGUAACAGCGCACAUAUAGUGUGUGUAGCAGCACACAUAAAGUGAGAGUAACAGCACACAUAAAGUGAGAAUAACAGCGCACAUAGAGUGAGAGUAACAAUGCACAUAAAGUGAGAGUAACAGCACACAUAAAGUGAGAAUAACAGCGCACAUAGAGAGAGAGUAACAAUGCACAUAAAGUGAGAGUAACAGCACACAUAUAGUGUGUGUAGCAGCACACAUAGAGUGAGAGUAACAGCACACAUAAAGUGAACUGCAUGUGCAGCAGAAGCUCCAGCACAAGCUUUCACAUCUCCUGAUGCAGGAGUCUCAAGAAAUCACUGAUGGUGGAAGGAAAACAAGGGCUUAUGCAAACAGGUCAGCAUUUUUGAUGGGUAAUAGUGAAUUUGUCAGCUCUAAAUAUCUUGUAAAGGUUUGUUUCCUCUCUGAAGUAACUGUCAGAAAAAAUAGAACCAAAUUCACUAAUGAGUUACAUUGAGUUAUUUUUUCUUUAUAUUUUCAUUACAACCAUACUCAACAUAUUGCCUAGUGAAGUAAAUCAGAUACAGAUGUUACUAUUGUAUGCUUGCACAUUAAUCUAGAUUGUAUUUUGGCAUUAUGUUAAGUAAUAUAAUAUCCUUAAUAACUAUAUACUUGUAGUAAUAAAAAAAUGGCAUAUUCUGUAAGAAAUUGUUUUCAAAAUAAAUUUUAUAAAUGUG